CGUCGCCAGGAAGGUGCGGCUACAUGACACCGUCUCAGUUGACGGCUGUUAUCUGCAGAGAUCCCAUCCGUUGGAUGGUUUGUAAACGCAGUUUUUUGUUUGUUUAUUUUUUAAUUAAUAUUAUUUUUCACGGAUCUGGAGCGGGUCCUCUGUUUUGUGCUUUAGUUAACAGGCUUCGAUAAACAUCGUUGCUUGCAGUCUGAACUGCAUCUCGAACACCCGGGCCCCAAGGAUGGACCUCCAAGCCUGUCUUAAAACCAUCCUGAGGAACAAAUAUCAGAAACUGAAAGACAAAAUUUCUGAAAGCCCGUCGAUUCCUUUGAGACUUAGCUAUCGGAAGAUCAAACAAGAACUCUCCAAAGAUGAUUUGCAGCAACAUGAGUUUCGACGUUUUCACGUCUCUGAACUACCCAGAAGCGGUAUUUUCCGUUAUGACCCAGUCCCAGACUUGUUGUCGUGCGAGUGCAAUCACAGCAACAGUAAAAAAACAGUCCUCACUAUUGGAGUGAGUGGAAUUGGAAAAACCACAGUGGUGCAGAGCUGGGCUCUCGAGUGGGCUGAGAAGGGCUGCUUUGACAUUCGCUGUCUGUUUCCUUUCACUUUUUGGGAGUUAAAUUUGAUACAACACAAACUGAGCUUAACUGAACUUCUCCAGGAAUUUUACCCAGAAUUAGAGAAGCUUGAUGCCUCUAGCCUGAAUGAUGACAAAGUGUGGUUUGUCUUCGAUGGACUUGAUGAGUUUAAACGCCAGAUAAACUUCAGCUGUCCGGCUGUUAGCGAUGUUUCAGAGACAUGUACGGUAGACACAAUCAUAGCCAAUCUGAUCAGGGGAAAUUUGCUUCCCAGAGCACAUAUAUGGAUAACGACCCGAUAUUCUGCCGUAAUGCAAAUUCCUGAUUGCUAUUUGCUUAAAGAAACUGAGGUGCUGGGGUUCACUGACAAGCAGAAGGAGCAACACUUCCAGGCAAUUAUCAGAAAGGACAAACUGACCCACAAAGCGAUCGACCAUGUGAAAAUCACAAAUAGUCUCAACAUCCUUUGUCAGAUACCUCCGAUAUGCACCAUUGUGGCAAAUGUUUUGAAGGAUCAUCUAGAAGAAAACGAUGGCUAUAAAAUCAAUCCCUUGAGUCUAACCCAGAUCUAUGCUCUGGGUUCCAAAAUGCUGGACGAUUACAACUCUGACAUUCUUUCCAAGCUAAAGAAGCUUGCGCUCCUUUGGAUCGGAGAGGGUAAUGUCAUAUAUGAGGAUGAUCUCUUAAAGAUGGACAUAAGCGUUGAGGAAGCAUCAGAUUUCACUGAAGAGUGCCCAUUUGUGUUGAGACAGGAGACGGGGCUUCACGGCACCACUGUGUUUCGCUUUGGUCACUCCAGCAUUCAGGAGUUCUUAGCGGCGUCGGCUAAAUUGGACGAGAUUGAAGGCCAGGAGAUUUCUCUUGGCUCCAGUUGUUGCCAGAGUCUGGUGGAUGAGCAGCUGAACGACCCUGAUGGAAAAUACGACGUCUUCCUGCGGUUCAUCUUUGGCCUCAUUAAGGAGCGCCAUUUAUUCGAGCCCACGGACAAGCUCUUUUUACACACCACAAUGAUGGUCUUCAAGUAUUUCUUUUCUCCUGCAGGUGUCAGUCUGUUUUACUGUCUGAGGGAGCACAACAGCCAGGCUUUAGUGAGCGAGGUUAAGUACUGUCAGAGGCAAGGAUUUGCUCCGAACCCAGAAUACACAUCGAUGCACUGGGAUUUAUUGUUGGAAAGGAUGAAAAAUAUUGAUGGGCUGCAAGAGAAUUUUGAGCUGAAAGCAUCAGAAAGAUGUGAUGAGAAACUUCUCAGGCACCUACCGGAUAUUUAUAAAUCAAGAAAAGCCAUGCUGCGGUUCUCCAACCUGACAGACAAAUGUUGUCCAGCCUUGGCAUCAGUGCUGAGCACCAAUGAGGUGUACCUGAGAGAGCUGGACCUGGGAUACAACAGCAUCAGCGAUGAUGGCGUCAAGGACCUCGUGGAGGGGCUGAGCGAUCAAAGCUGCAGACUGAAGGUGCUCAGGCUGCAAGGCUGCAGAGUUACCGCACAAGCUUGUCAACACCUUGCCAAGGCCCUGAAACAGACCCAGAAGAUGCAAGAGUUGGAUCUUGGCUGUAAUGAAAUAGGAGAUGAAGGACUCCGAUAUCUUUCAGCUGGUUUGAGAGAUGCAGAUUGCUGGUUAGAAACACUGAAACUUUCGCAGUGUAACAUUAAAGAGAAGGGCUGCUGUUAUCUGGCCUCGUCCUUGCAGCAGAACUCAGACCAUCUUAAAAAUUUGGAUCUGAGCAUCAAUGAAAUCGGCAACAAAGGGGCCAGUCAGCUCUUUGAAAAAUUCAAUAUCUCAAAUCUACACAAACUGGAGAUGUACCACUGUGGCCUCACCGAGCUGAGCUGUAGCUACAUCAGGGAUGCUCUGAAUCUGGAAAGCAGCACCCUGGUCGAGCUCAAUCUGAGCAACAACAGUCUGAAAGAUGCAGGGUUCAAGCUCAUCUGUGAGGGCAUGUAUGCGUGGUGUAGUCUGGAGAGACUCAAUGUUUCAAGAUGCGGAAUCACAGGGAAGGGCUGCCCUUACCUGGCGAAGGUCCUGUGUUCAGUCUCUCAGCUCUACAGCGGGGUGGUGCAGAAGACAGAGUGGCAGGCGGUGGAGCUGAGAGACGUGGACCUCAGCAUGAACUGCCUCGGAGACAGUGGGGUCAAAGAAAUAUCUAAUGGCCUGAGGAAUCCCAUCAGCCACCUGAAAACUCUGAACCUGAGUCACUGCAGCCUGACUGAUGAGUGCUGUGCUGAGCUGGCAGCAGGACUGGGCUGCCAGGAGAACAUCAGCGAGCUGGAUCUGUCCGGGAAUUAUCUCCAGGAUAAGGGAGUCAAGAAGCUCUGCAUGGGACUCAAGAGCCCUCUGUGCAUUCUCAGUAAGCUCUCAUUGAGGACCUGUGGGCUGAGCUCCAGAAGCAUUCAUUUCCUGACAAAUGCACUGCAGUCCAACCCCAAACAUCUGACAGAAGUGCACCUGAUGGGCAACAACCUGGACGACUUCGACAUCAGAGUGCUUACAGGCCUCAUAAAGAGCCAGAAAUACUCCCUGCAGAUAUUAGAUGUCACUGCAGACUGAAGAAAACAGACACAACAAAGUCAAACUUUUCUCAGUUUGGCUGAACUCAGAAGUGAAAAGCUUCAUGAUUUGAAAUGAGAAUUUAUAUCGGGCUUUAACAUGUUUAAUAGUUUUAUAAAACUGUAAAUAAAAACAAUUGAUUUAUUGAAGGUUUA